ACGAUUGAACGUAACUAUGUAAGAAAUGAGAAUACGUACGGUACGUAAUAUAUGUAUAGUUUAAUAGACAAAACUGUUAUCAAUAAAGCACCAUGUAGAUGAACGAUUCUAAAUACUUCGUGUAUCGAUAAAAUACGAGUCAUCCACGAGUGCUAUCUGUCGAUUACGUCGCAAAAAUUUUUCAAAACCAAUCUCGGUAACGCUGCGGAUUGAGAAUAUCGCCGAGUCAUCGGCUCGCGGGAGCUCUACAGAUGAUGUACCAUGCUUUCGGUAUUCGAAUGGCUUAUAUAAUCAGAAACGGUCAACAUUGAAUCACAAUCUAGCAAACGCUUCCGUCGUGACCUGUCAAACAUCGAUAACCAUGUCGCGUAACGCGUUAAUUUUUAACGUCGCAAUCAUUUUUAUUUUAAUUUGUGUAUUGGAUACCGGUAACAGUGCGAGGAUAUUAACUAUAAUCCCUACGGCUUCUAUAAGUCAUCAAGUUGUACCUCGCGCGUUAAUGUUGGAAUUGAACAAACGGGGUCACGAACUCGUUGUAAUUACCACCGAUCCUGUGAAUAAUCCGAAUUUGACGAAUUACCAUGAAAUCAGUGCGAAAAAAAAUUACGAGCUGAUGGGUGAGAUUGAUUUUCUUUCAUUGCGGGAAAUAAAAUGGAUGGACUUUGCUUGGCCAUUCGUGGCUACGAUCGUGCUCCAACAGUGUGACGAGAUGUUCGCUAUGCCCGAAGUGGCGAAAAUGAUGGCUCCCGACAGCAACGAACAUUUUGAUUUGAUAUUUAUCGAGAUGCUGUAUUUCACUCCCCUUCUACCAUUGGGAAAACGAUUCAAUGCUCCGGUUAUAGGUAUCACGUCCCUAACAUUACCACUCGUUAGUCAAUACGCGAUCGGUAAUCCGAUAGCUACAUCGCAUCCGUCUAUUUGGGAACUUCAAAACGGGGAUUACGAACUACAACCGCCGUUUUGGAAACGAUUGAAGAACUUCUUCCACGUCGGCAAUUAUUUCUACCAUUAUUUCAACCACAUACUGCCCCUGCACCAGGAAGCUGCGAAGAGAUAUUUUGGAGAUGACGUUCCCGAUUUGUCGGAACUUGCUAAGAAUGUCAGUUUGAUUUUCGUCAACGAAUUGUUACCAAUUUCGUUCGUCAAGGCGAACGUGCCCAAGAUGAUUGAAAUCGGUGGAUUCCACGUUCAGCCGAAUUCCCAAAAAUUAUCGAAGGACCUCAAAAAUAUUUUGGACCAAGCCACGGAGGGAUUCGUUUACAUGAGCCUUGGCUCGAACGUGAAAAGUAGGGCGUUACCUGCUGCAACUAAAAAUGAAUUCAUGGCUGCAUUUGCAAAGUUGCCCUACAAAGUACUUUGGAAAUUUGAGGAAGACGACCUCCCUGGAAAACCGGACAAUGUCAUAAUCAUGAAGUGGACCCCGCAGCAAGCUAUUCUGGCACAUCCAAAUCUGAAAGUCUUCGUCUACCAGGGAGGACUUCAGAGCACCGAAGAAGCCAUCUCGAACGGCGUUCCCCUGAUCGGCUUCCCAGUAUUUUCGGAUCAAGAAAUGCUCGUUAAUAAAAUGGCAUCGAUCGGCGCGGCUAUAAAGUUAGAAAUCACCGAUGUACGCAGCGAGAAAUUAAUAGAAGCGAUAAACACGAUCGUUGCGGAUAACAGUUACAAGAAGAAAAUGAUCGAAAUAAAUUCGUUGAUCAAGGACAGGCCGCAGGAUACAAUGGAAAAUGCGAUUUGGUGGACGGAGUACGUGAUUCGUCACCGAGGUGCGCCGCAUCUUCAGUCCGUUACGGCCGACUACCCGUGGUACAUGAGGCACGACAUGGAUAUAGUCGCUUUCUGCUCCGUAGGGAGUGCGAUAAUCUUGCUAUUCGCAUUAUUUGUAUUGUACAAAUCUGUGUCGUACAGUAUUAGUCUAUUACGCGGAAACUCUGUUGUCACUCACGAGAAGAAACGUAGUGAUCCGUACCGUUCGCCUAAGAUGUUACAUCUCUACUCAUUUUUUAUCACGGCGACAUUUCCCAUAUUAAUUUCCCUUUUGCACGGUGGAAACGGAGCGAGAAUACUCGGUGUAUUCCCUGCGAUUUCGUUGAGCCAUCAAGUGGUCUUUCGAGGGCUGACAUUGGCCUUGAACGAAAAAGGCCACGAACUCGUCGUGGUCACUACUAACCCGAUAAAGGAUCCUACGUUAAAUAAUUACAAGGAAAUCGACAUCGGUUAUCUGUAUCGUGAAAAGGUUGAUUUUGACUUUCUAGAGGUCAGACCGAACGAAGAAUGGUUCGAUAUAUUUUGGUGGGCCUUUGCACCCGUGAUGCAGAAUCAUACGCGUGCGGUUUUGAACGAUCCGGAGAUAAAAAAAUUAUACGCGCCCGACAGCAAUGAAAAGUUUGACGUGGUACUGAUGGAGUUGCUUUAUUGGCCGGCCCUUUUGACGUUGGCUCACCGGUUGAAUGCACCGAUAAUCGGUAUAACGUCGCUCGGGCUAACCGUUAAUUAUCAUCACGCGAUCGGUAAUCCCAUAUUGUCCACUCAUCCUUCGAAUUGGCAACUGAGGCCAGAAGCGAUUUUCGUACAGCAGACGUUUUGGCAGAGAAUAAAACGCUUCGUACAGAGUUGGAAAUAUGUUUAUUACUGGAAAACUGAGUACGUGGCAAAGCAACAGGAGAUAGCGGAGGAAUUUUUUGGAAAUGACAUUCCGGAUAUUCAGGAUAUAGAGAAGAACGUCAGUUUGAUUUUCGUCAAUCAGCAGACACCGAUUUCGUUCGCAAGGGCAAACGUUCCAAAGGUCAUCGAAAUUGGUGGCUUGCACGUUUCGAAGAAAUUGCCGGAAUUACCAAAGGAUCUGCAAAGGAUCUUAGACAAUGCUACGCGAGGAUUCGUAUACGUGUCUUUCGGAUCAAACAUAAAGAGUAGCUCGUUAUCAGCUGAAAGAAUAAAUGAAUUUAUUGCAGCCUUUUCGAAGCUACCGUACGAAGUAUUGUGGAAGUUUGAGGACGACAAUCUCUCCGGAAAGCCGGACAACGUUAUAACCGUGAAGUGGGCACCGCAACAAGCUAUUCUAGCGCAUCCAAAUUUGAAACUUUUCAUAUAUCAAGGAGGGCUUCAGAGUACGGAAGAAGCGGUCUCCUGCGCCGUACCUCUGAUCGGGAUACCAUUUUUCGGGGAUCAGGAUAUGCAAAUCGAUAAAAUGGUCUCACUCGACGUUGCUAAAAAAUUAGAAAUAACUACCAUGCGUAGCGAGGAGUUGGUCGAAGCUAUUCGUACCAUUACAACAGAUAACGGGUACAAGCAGAGGAUGUUGAAUUUGCGUUCAUUGACCAAGGACAAGCCACAUGGCGCGAUGGAAAACGCAAUUUGGUGGACAGAAUUUGUGAUUCGUCACCGAGGUGCUCCUCAGCUUCAUUCCUCUAUGGCCGACGAGGUGUGGUUCAGAAGAUACGAUAUGGACUUGAUAGCCAUUUUUUCGGCAGGAUCCGUAAUAAUUAUCUUCGCAACAUUUUUCAUAUCAUUUAGAAUUUUUCUGUACAUCGCUAAUUUAUUCACCGUAACUUCGGUUGCUGAUAAGAAAAUGAAACUAAGUUGAUUGAUCGCUGUUAUAUUCCGUAAUGCAAGUGUGGAAAAAAUAAAAUACUAUUAAUAUGUCUUA